GAUGAGGCUUUUCUGUCUCUUAUAAAAUACGGAGAGUUUUUGUACGAUAACCUGAUCAUCUUUUCACCAUCGCUGGAAGAUUUUGGCGGAAACAUCAAUGUGGAAACCAUCACUGCUUUCAUUGACGGUGGUGGCAGUGUCCUCGUAGCUGCCAGCUCAGAUAUUGGGGACCCCCUGCGAGAACUGGGUAGCGAAUGUGGGAUAGAGUUUGAUGAGGAAAGGACAGCUGUCAUAGACCACCAUAACUACGACAUAUCGGACCCAGGCCAGCACACGCUUAUAGUCGCAGAUGCUGAAAAUCUACUAAAAGCUCCCACUAUUGUGGGGAAAACUACGCUGAAUCCCAUCCUUUUUCGAGGAGUUGGGAUGGUGGCUGAUCCCGACAACCCGCUGGUACUCGAUAUCCUGACCGGCUCUUCUACCUCUUAUUCCUUCUUCCCAGAUAAGCCUAUUACUCAGUAUCCGCACGCUGUUGGGAAGAACACCCUUCUGAUUGCUGGACUCCAAGCAAGGAACAAUGCCCGUGUUGUUUUCAGUGGCUCCUUGGAUUUCUUUAGCGAUGCUUUCUUCAAUUCUGCUGUGCAGAAAGCUACUCCUGGCUCCAAGAGGUACUCGCAGACUGGUAAUUACGAGCUGGCCGUUGCCUUGUCCCGCUGGGUGUUCAAGGAAGAGGGAGUGCUGCGUGUUGGAGCGGUGUCUCACCACCGCGUGGGAGAACGUGCACCUCCAAAUGCCUACACUGUCACCGAUCUUGUGGAGUACAGCAUUGUCAUUGAAAAGCUCUCUGACGGGAAGUGGGUCCCCUUUGAUGGAGACGAUAUUCAGCUGGAGUUUGUCCGCAUUGAUCCGUUUGUCCGAACUUUCUUGAAGAGAAAUGGGGGCAAAUACAGUGUGCAGUUCAAGCUGCCAGACGUCUAUGGAGUGUUUCAGUUUAAAGUGGAUUAUAACCGACUGGGUUAUACCCACCUGUACUCCUCUACCCAGGUGUCUGUGCGUCCUCUCCAGCACACGCAGUAUGAACGUUUUAUCCCCUCGGCAUAUCCGUACUAUGCUGGUGCCUUCUCCAUGAUGGUAGGCCUCUUCAUGUUCAGCAUUGUCUUCUUGCAUAUGAAGGAGAAGGAGAAAUCCGACUGAGCUCCCUAUGGGAGGAAGAACCUUUUUUCCUAUCUCUGGCACCACGCAGAGACCAGCGGCAGUCAGGAUCCUUACUAUAACUUUGAGGACUGGUAGGUGCCAGACAAGCUACGGCUCUGAUUUUGAAUUUUUUUUUUUUUUAAACAUUUGGGGCCACUAGUAGGAGGGAAAAUGGACCAGCUGUUAGAGGGGAAUCCAUUGCCCAAGGGUUUGGAAACGCAGUGAUUCUGGUGUAGUUUGCACCAGGGACCAGUUGGCACUGCUGCUACUCUGUUUGUUUCUUCCCUCCAUUGAUACGAUUUUGAUUCGAGAUUGACUCCAUUUUCAAAAUAAAGUCUUGUUCCUCUCACCCUGAA